AUGUCAUUCUGGGAUAAGCUCACCGGCCGAAAGCCCUCUUCAACAGAUACAUCAACGACCCAGACACCAGAUCGGCAAGACUCUUUUCAACCCACCCCUUUCAAUCCGCAAGACGCCCAAGAUGUUUCCUCCUUCCUUAGCGGUCCUACCAUUCCCGACCCAUCAUCAUUACAUCCUCUUGCUGGUUUAAACCAGCAGACCCUAGACUAUCUAUCACUCGAAGAAUCCGCCCUCUCAGACCUCCCUGGGUCGCAGUCAGCCUUGCCAUCACGAGGAUGGUCUGACGACUUAUGUUAUGGAACUGGUGUGACAUACUUGUCGGCACUGACAAUUGGAGGGGCGUGGGGGCUACAAGAAGGACUGCGAAGAUCAAAUGGGCAACCGCCAAAGCUACGGUUAAACUCCGUACUGAACGCUGUCACACGGCGAGGACCAUUCUUGGGAAAUUCGGCUGGUGUUAUCGCGAUGGUCUACAAUGGUAUCAAUUCAUACAUUGGCUAUAUGCGGGGGAAACAUGAUUCGGCAAACAGCAUUUUGGCCGGAGCAGUGAGCGGGAUGGUGUUUAAGAGCACCAGGGGCAUCAGGCCGAUGAUGAUAUCUGGAGGUAUUGUGGCUAGCGUUGCAGGCGCAUGGGCAGUAGCAAGAAAAGCCCUCUUCUAA